UGUUUUUGACUGAAGCCUCGUUCUUGUGGCGCGGCUACCAAUCAGUAGCUGUGUCCCGGAAGGGGCGGGGUUCUAGCCAUAGCGAGGCUCGGUACGCAGCACCGGUGUGUAGAGAAAGAUGAGCGCGGCGAAGAGAAUAAAGCGGGAGGCGGAGGAGCCACGGGAGGAUAGGAAAGUUUCAGGAAAACAUAGUCGCAGUGAAUACGAAGACAGACGUAGCCGCCAUUGCCCAUACCUAGACACUAUUAACAGGAGUUUGCUGGAUUUUGACUUUGAAAAGUUAUGUUCUAUUUCACUGUCUCACAUCAAUGUAUACGCUUGUCUGGUGUGUGGCAAAUACUUUCAGGGUCGGGGGUUGAAGUCUCAUGCCUACAUUCACAGUGUCCAGUUCAGCCACCACGUUUUUCUGAACCUGCACACGUUGAUGUUUUAUUGUUUGCCUGAUAAUUAUAAGAUCAUCGACUCAUCAUUGGAGGAUAUCACAUAUGUUUUGAAACCAACAUUUACUAAAACCCAGAUCAGUAAUCUGGAUAAACAGGCCAAGUUGUCCAGAGCAUAUGAUGGAACUACCUAUUUGCCAGGCAUUGUGGGGCUCAAUAACAUCAAAGCUAAUGACUAUGCUAAUGCUGUUCUGCAGGCAUUAUCCAAUGUGCCCCCAUUAAGGAACUACUUCCAGGAAGAAGAAAAUUAUAAAGACAUCAAGCGCCCCCCAGGAGAUAUUAUGUUCUUGCUGGUUCAGAGGUUUGGAGAGCUGAUGAGAAAGCUGUGGAACCCCAGAAAUUUUAAAGCCCAUGUUUCCCCUCAUGAAAUGCUGCAAGCUGUGGUUCUGUGCAGCAAGAAGAAAUUCCAAAUCACAAAGCAGGGUGAUGGUGUGGACUUUCUUUCCUGGUUCUUAAAUGCCUUGACCUCUGCUCUUGGGGGUACUAAGAAGAAUAAGAAUACAAUUGUGACCGAAGUGUUUCAGGGACAGAUGAGGAUUUUCACCAAGAAGUUGCCCCAUCCUGAUCUGCCAGCAGAGGAGAAAGAGCAGCUCCUGCAGAAUGAGGAGUAUCAGGAAACCAGGCUGGAGUCUCCUUUCAUGUACCUGACUCUGGAUCUCCCCACUGCACCUCUGUACAAGGAUGAGAAGGAACAGCUGAUCAUUCCACAAGUGCCUCUCUUCAGUAUCCUUGCCAAGUUCAAUGGCGUCACUGAAAAGGAGUACAAGACCUAUAAAGAAAACUUCUUGAAGCGAUUCCAACUGACCAAGCUUCCGCCAUAUUUGAUAUUUUGCAUUAAGCGCUUCACAAAGAACAACUUUUUCGUGGAGAAGAAUCCGACUAUUGUGAAUUUCCCUAUCACCAAUGUAGAUCUGCGGGAGUACUUGGCAGAGGAAAGCCAGGCUUUGCACAAGAACACAACUUAUGACCUUGUUGCAAAUAUAGUGCAUGAUGGGAAACCCAAUGAAGGCUCAUAUCGGAUCCACGUUCUUCACCAUGGCACUGGAAAAUGGUAUGAGCUGCAAGAUCUGCAAGUCAGUGACAUUUUACCCCAGAUGAUCACCCUCUCAGAAGCCUAUAUUCAGAUUUGGAAGAGACGUGAUGACGGUGAGCAGAAUCAGGAGGGCGCAUGAGGAACAUUUGGUCUUCUGGAAAGAGAACUUGGGAGUACUGGGGAGGGAAACGUUGUGGUUGAAGUGUAAAUAUUUACUGGAAAGUAGGACUGGUCGGCCCGUAGAAGAUGCAUUACAUGUUGAAGAGCAUGAACAACCUUCUCUUGCCAUGAUGCAACCUCUCUGCAAAAUGACAGUCUAAUACUCCAUUUCCAGGAGUUUUGUGAAUUUGUAUAUUUUUAUAUUAAAUCUAUGAAGGAAGGUUAAA